AUGGCAGAUAAGGUUGAAGAGUCUAAGAAGGUAGAUAAGGUGUCUGAAAAACUCAAGAAGUUACUUGAUAAGGCUAAAGAUGAGGGUGGUUCAUUGCAUGAGGAAAGUAAGUUGGACUUUGCAGGUGUUUCAGAGGCGGAUGUUCCAAAAACAAGUACUCCUGUUGUUAGUAAAGAUCAAAAGCCAUUAAUGUUCCCCAAUGCUAAAACUUCUGAACCAUACCAAUUCCCACCCCCUCCCAGUGUACCUGACAUUGGUAAAGGUGACCCCUAUGGUGAGGUUAAAUGUAAGAGUUUCAGUGGUUUACCCCCUCAAAGCAAUCCCUUUAAAGUAAAUCAAGAAGGGAACACAUCCCAUUUUUAUGAGGUAACACAUUCUCAAAUCCCUAGAAUUCCCCAGUUUUCUGGAGAUGAACCCCCACAAAAGGGUGAUGUUACGUAUAGAGAAUGGCGAUAUGAGGUUCAGUGUCUAAUGAAUGAUUCUGAAAUAAAAGAGACAGUAAUUAUUCAGAGUAUCAGAAGAUCUCUGCGGGGUACAGCUAAAACCAUGCUUAUUCCUCUCGGUGAAAAAGCUAGUGUACAAGAAAUACUUGAUAAACUAAAAAUUUUAUUUGGUGAAGUGUCAAAUAAUGCUAUGAUCAUGCAAAAGUUCUUUAAUGCAUAUCAAUUUCAGGGAGAGUGUGCGACAUCUUUUGGGUGUAGGUUAGAAAGCAUGUUACAGAAUGCAAUUGACAAUGGUUAUUUGAACAAAUCAUCUAAGAAUGAUUUACUCCGUCAUAAAUUCUGGACUUCGUUGAGUUCUGAUCGGUUAAAAUCACAAACGCGUCAUAAGUACGAUACAUUUAAGAACUAUGAUCAGCUUUUACUUGAAAUUAGAAGGGUUGAGAAAGAAAUUAUGAUCAACAAAAAGAGUUCAGAAAAGGUGAGUCAAGGUGUUGAUAAAAAUCCCAGGUUACAUCAACAUGGUAUAGCAGUAGAAAGUGAAGCUGAGGAAAGAAUCAACAAGAGAAUUCAGAAUUUACAGACAGAGUUAGAGGGUAAGAUUGAGGAUAAGUUAAGUCAGAUUUUGAUGAAACUUGAUGCACCUAAAGUUGACUCUAGACAAGAUUAUAGUAGAGGGAGAGGUAGCUUCAGAGGAAGACAAAGUACUAACCGAGGAAGAGGUGAGUAUUUUAGGGGACAUUCUCACAGUAGUGACUCCUACAGAGGAAGUCGGGGAAACCAGAGAGGUCAGUAUAGAGGAUAUGUUAAGUCCAAGGGACAAUAUCAUAGUUCAGGGGCAGAGAAGCAGGACCCAAACUUUUAG